AUCUUUUCUUUGCCUUUCGCCUGACCUCCUCUUCGCCGCCUGCUGCUACUGCUGCGAUCUCUUGGCUUUGUGUCCCCUCCUGCGGUCGUUGUAUUGCUUCGUAGACUUGUCUGAGCCGCUGUUGCCAUGUCUGAACCUGACUUCUCAAUCCCCUUGAGUCCUCUUGAUAAGCAAAUCCGGAAACACGCACUUUUGUGCUCUAUCGGAUUCAUCUUCCUCCUUCCUGUCGGUGUUCUCAUUGGACGCUACUUCCGCACAUUCACUAGCAAGUGGUUCUGGGCACAUUCGUUCUUACAAUUCAUCGUUUCGGGACCAGUCAUCUUCGCGGGUUGGUAUUAUGGGUACCAGUCGACUGCGUCACUAAACACGGGUGGUCAUUUUGUCGAUCCACACAAGAAAACCGGUCUCGCACUCCUUAUCCUCUACCUCGUCCAACUCCUCAUCGGCACUGUCAUCCACUCAUUCAAGACUCCGCGUCUUCUCAAUGGACACCGUCCACCACAGAAUUACUUCCAUGCGAUUCUGGGGUUGGUGAUCAUCGCGUUGGCGUUUUACCAAGUGCAUUAUGGUAUUGUGACGGAAUGGACUGAGGGUACGGGUGAUGGGACCGUUGUUCCCCGCGCGGCGAUGAGAGCGUGGGAGGCUUUGAUCGUGUUAUUCUGGGUACUGUACGCCGCGGGCCUUGCACUCCUUCCUCGGCAGUACAAGCAAGAAGCAGAAGGUCGUAACAGGGUUGCGGAAAUGCAGAAGGCUUGAAACGUCAUGUCCCGUCCAUUUUGGGUCAUGGAAAAGUAUGGCUUUAUAGAUGUGCUUUUUAUACCAUUACCAUCCACUGGCACCCAGUGUUUUCUUUAUCACUCACUCCCGACGAACUCUAUUACGUUCGAGUACACUCUCCCUCGAAUUGCUCUCCCGCGCACAAUUUACUUGUAACCCUGUCGAUUAGACCACAUGUCCCCAUCUGCGUCGAUCACUUUCUAUAUGCGAACUAACUAUACUGUCUGUCUGUUGAUUUGCUACAUCCUUCAGG